AUGGAGGACCACAACGCACUAUCUUUAUCUAUAUCACCGUCUGAAGUCAUCUUUAGCUGUUCCAUUUGUCAGGCCACUUUGUCAGAUAUCUACAAAAACGUCCACAACACCCGAGGGAUACGCGACGGUCGAAGUCCAGAGGCGCAAAUCGCCACGAAGCUCUGGCUUACUGAAUGCGCUCAUCUGACGUGUGGCGAACAUCUCCAAGGCGGAGGUCAGUAUAAGGAGAAGACUGUCUCUACAUUUAUCCACAGGAAGCUGACGGAAGCGCGGCCUACAGGAGCGCCGUUCCACCCUGAAGGCGAGCAGCCACGCGCGCCAUGUCCGCUCUGCAUUGUUGAGAAGAAUGACGGCCGGAUGAAGAGCCUUUACGGCAUACGAGGCACUCAAGAAGGCAGUUAUGACGAAGCGAUUCCCAGAUCCUGGUUUGAAUCGCCACCAGUCAGGCUGGAUGGAAAUGGUGCCGGUAUGGAGGCACUACGCUUCCAAUAUCUGCAGCUCAUACGGUUCAGUACGAAGGUGCUGCAGAAGUCUACGCAGGCUGCGCAAACACAAGCCGAGGCGGAACGAACCAUCGAAGACCUCCUCUCGUCGCACCAAACACUAGAGGACCGAGUGAAGGAUCUCAAGACAAGAGCGAAAGCGCUGGAGAAGAGCGAGGCAAAGCUCAGAUACUGGGAAGAGCGCGAGCCAGCCAUACGACACUACCUAGGCGUAGUCAGUGCAAUAGCGAAAGAAAACGACUCGCUGAAGGCGCAGCUUGUCACGCUUGGUUAUGAAGUGCCAAAGACCAAUUACUCGUUGCAGCUGGCGGACGAUAGACACCUGCUAAGUGCUUCAAGAGCAGGGGGGACACGUCAAUCCGCUGCGCCCGGGAGACCAGAAGUCCAGGCAGUAGCGCAUACUCCCGGCAUGAGGCAGGCCGACCGUAGCAGCAACAAUCAAGAUCGCUCAAGCGAGUCCCAUGAGAUGACGUCUUCUGGCAGGAAAAGAAAGCUUCAGGAGUUUACCGAGCAGAACUAUCUACAAGCCAAGCGUCCCAAGAGCAGCAGGGACCUAAUGCCCCCUCCUUCGUUGUCGAUCACUCGAAGGAGCAAUGCGCCGCCGCACAGCCGGGAACCAAAUAGGGAGUCGACCGGCGGUCACCGUCCCAGCCUAGAAUCCAACAGGUCUGACUCAAACCAGAGCAGAAAUGGCAAACCAGAUCUUCCAGUCUACGAAAACGGCAGUUGGCAAAGUGCGAACCGACGUAGUCAACUGGAGGAAGGUGUGAGCCAGAUACGGUUGAGCAGCAGCAUGGAGGAGUCGCCGUCUGUUUACAUGAGCGGAGCUUUGCCCACAGCUCCGUCUCGACGGCCUAUACCGAGAGAAGUUGCCUCUCGUGAUGUGGAAUCACCGCGAGGCGUCCAGGCGCCUUUCAAACCUCUUACCCAGACACGGACGAAGACCGACCAUCGCACGCAACGCGAUGAUGUGCCCUUCCUCAAACCCCUCGAUCGCGGGCCUGGUACCACCAACACGCAAAUCCAUGCUCAUUCCCCCGGCUACCCUCAGCAGCAAGUACUCAAGGAGAGUUCGCAACAGACUCUGCCAAAUGCCGCCAUGGAAAACAAAUACGCGUACGAUGGAGCUCCCGGCGUGCUCUUGCAACAGUACUCUAGCUCCUCCAUGAACAGGGAAACGUACAAUGGGACGGCAAUGAACAAGUACCCGCAACAGCAAGGACCAACCGAGUCAGCAUACUCCGCACACUUCCCACCGUCUUCUCGAAACAUCCAGACCCCCGACAUCCAGGCAACGCCUGCGCCGCAACAGCGUCUCUACUCCGCCGCUGUAUCUCGGCAAGACUCUGUCGCCAGUCCUUUCUUUAGGAAUACUACUUCGAACUUCCACAAUAAUCAUAGCAGACAGCCGUCGCAGGUUCUGACCGCCCCUCGUCCGGGAACAAUGCAGCAGAUCGCUCACAGCUAUCGCAUGGCUCCAGCAGCCCCUCCAGACUGGCGCGAACCGCGCAGCAUCAACGGACUGUCUUUCAUCACCUCACCAUAUAACGUGAAAAACGAACCCAUAUACCGGCGAGAAGCUCCAGCGUACAACGACCGCCACAUCUCGCAACCAUUUCUUAUGUCGCCAAUGCCCCGGAACGAAGCAGGCUUUUUCAGACGACCAGGCGUACCUCCCGCAAACGCUUACACACAAAACCAGCCCUAUGCGUUUGCCGCGCCACCGUCAACGAUGGGUAGCUCCUACGUGCGGCAAGUGGCGCCGCUGCCUUUAAGUCUGCCCCCGGCUGUUAGUUACUACGGAGGCUCAUUAACUGCAAGAAGAUUAGCUCGAGAUGAUGUUCUGAGCAUCAAAGGUGCCAGAAGUGGGCCUGCGGGUCUGCCACUUCGGGGUAGUGACACUCGCCGCGGCGGUUUUGCUAUGAGAGACUCGGACUAUGCAGGUUCAAGAGGGCUCUUUCCAUCAACUGGUGGACGGCGUAGUGUGCGGAGGUAG